AUGGACUGCGUAGAAACCUGCCCGCCGCAUCAUCGACGCUCGUCCCAGCUCUCGCAUCGUCCGCCAACGUCUGCCGUCGGAGGCAGCAACGGCAUCAGCGGUGGUGUUGGCGCUAGCGGCUCCUGCAACGUUCGUCGCGCGUGUGCCGCCGUGUCUGCCGCGCGCUCGACAGAUCGCAUCCAUUCAGCUUUUCCUACAUACGCAGAGUCGCUGCAGCAACCACCGCAGCCGUCAACAACAACGGCGACGUCUGCCACUGCGGCGCGUGCGUCGUCGUUUACGCAAGAGAAACACCACCAGUGCUGCCCAGACGCCAGCGCUGCGAUCACCGUGCCUCCAGAGCCGCAGCAGCAGUGCCAGCACGUGAAGCGCCUCUCCCCCAGCACCUGCAGCGGUAGCGCGUCGAACCUGACUAUUUUGCUUCACUCCAACACCAACGCCAGCGUCACGUCAGCGGCGACGGACAGCUCGGAGCACUCUACGCCCCUCUCCGGGGUCUCCCUCCAUCAGCAACAGGCGCAUCGAGUCCGCGCCCAACGUGUCGUCGACGAGGCAAAUCACCUUUACUCGAAUCCCUGCUCUUCCCUGCAGCCGUCGCUGGACUCGCGCUCGAGCAGCCGCGCCCCCGACAACGAGGACGACGAAGUAGCUGCCGACGACGCCCUCAGUGCCGCUUUCGUGGGCGGAACCGCCGUGGCUGGCAACGACGACGACCAGCAGCAGCAACACCGUCGCCACAGCGACGAUCUCUUGCAGCGGCACCGCGUCAGAUGUAGCGCGCCAUCCAGCAAGCGUCCAAGACAGCCUCUGCGGGAUCCGUCGUCGCCACCGCUCCCACCGCAGCAGCCGCAGCCGCAGGCAGACUUGAAGGACGAGGAGCGAACGCAUCCGCAUCACCGCUGCGGCGCCGCCAUGCACAUCCCCGACCCCUCCACGUUUGCAGACCCCUCCUCUUCCUCGCGACACAGGCCGACCACGAAGACGGCAACGGCGAGCACGAGCAAGGAUGGCACCGACCCGGGAGGCCCUAGCACUGGCUGCAACGGCCACACCAUGACCCAGCUUCACCAGUGCCGUGGCGGCAGCGGUAACCCGAACGGCGACGGCAACCGCGCGCGCACGCUCGACGAUGUCGAGCACAGAGAAGAUCAAGAGGUGUGGCGCACCCUGCACCCGCCGCAGCAUCUUCGGCGUCAUGGAGGGGAACGGGACGAAGAUAACCACGGCCCCCGAGCCGCCACUGCCGCCAUGACUAUCGCCCCCGGUGGCGGCGCCGCCGUCACAUCCAUGAGCUCCGCCCGCCUCUCCGCGCCAGACGCCACGCCGGUGGUGCCGCCGCCCAAGCGCUUCGCCACCGGAGAGGGUGAGGCAGUGGCGCUCGACGAGCGUCGCUACACCUCCAGCUCCACCACCACUACCGCGGCCGCUGCCUCCGCGAUCCUCGAGGAGGGUGAGGACGACGAGGGCGAGCGUGCGUCGCCGUCGCAUGUCACCGCCACCACUGACAAGAACCGCGAAAAAGAAGCAUCGUCUGUCUCCCGUCGCGCAUUGCAGCAGCAGCAGCAGCAGCAGCAGCGCGACAGUCGCACUCGGAGGGCGCGUGUCGCGGGUGCGAGCAGAGGCAACUGUGUUAGCAGCAGCAGCAGCAGCAGUAGUGGCGUGUUGCCCAGUCGGCGGCACGCCAACGACAGCGUCACGGCUGGCAUCCCGUACGACCCGUCCCGCUUCCCUCUGCCGUCCCAGCCGCUGAAUCUGGCGGCCCCUGUCACGGCAGCCGUAGCAACGGCAGCCCACAGGACCGCGUCCGAGCCCGCGUCUGACGGCCCGCGGAGAAGCCCGAGCCAGCCUAGCUGCGCUACUCCGCCAGACGCGCAGCAGCAGCAGCAGCAGCAGCAGCAGGAGGAGGAGGAGGCCCCGCAGGCAGCAGGUGCCAGCGGCAGCGCCACCCUCGCACCGGCACGCCCGCCAAUCAAGCUGAUCGAAACUCGCUACGCCUUUCUUGCCCUCUCCUUCAUGAUGCGCAUGCUGUGCAAGCUGCACAAGGGCGAGCCGAUCCCGUCCAGCGACUUCCACUCCCACUGCAUACCGCCGAUGACGGUGACCAUGUACGUGCAGCGGCUGGUGCGGUACUGCGCGUGCAGCGGCGAGGCGCUCCUCUGCUCAUUUUUACUUCUGCUCAAGUACGUCUUUCACAGCGGGCACCCUGUUACCAUCUACAACGCACAUCGUCUACUCAUCACUAGCAUCGUGCUCGGCAUCAAGCUGCGCGACGACGUGUACUACAGCAACGUCUACUACGGCCGCAUCGGCGGCAUCAGCGGACGCGAGAUGAAUAAGCUAGAGCUGCUUUUCCUCGAGAAGCUGGAGUGGGAGACGCAGGUGCACGUGUACGAGUACAUGGCGCUGCUAGAUCUGCUCGCGGAGCUCGGCAUUGAUGCGGAGCCGACCAACGCGCAGCUCGAAGCCUUUGCGGCGGCGCACCCGGAUGAAGCCGCCGCGUACGUGUCGGACGAGGAGGAUGGCGAAAUCGCCGAGGCAAGCGCGAAGCUGCAGCAGCAAGGCGCCGACUCGGCCGCCGGCUCGUCCAUGAAGGACGCCGCCGCCAGUGCCACCGCCCUGCCCGCGGCGGAGCAGCAGCGCCUGAAGGUCCUGCGGGGCGCCUACCGGCUGCAUCAGUGGCACACGCUGGUGGUGCCGUGGCUGGCGCGCCUGGAGCACUGCGUGUUUGCCAAGGCAGAGGAAAAUGCUGUCGCCGCAGCCGCGGCCCGGAAGGAGGAGGGUCUGCGCUGGCAGCAGUACCACCGCGAGGAUGAGAAGGCCGCAGCGCUGCGGCAUCAGCGGCCGUCCUCGGCAAGUACGUGGUUAUCGCCCUUGUCCGUGCAGAAGCGUGCCACGAGCAGUGCCACCACUGCCGCAGCCGCUGCUGCCACGGCGGGGGCGGCCUGGGCCUCCGAGCCUCCGUACCAGGCCUCUUGGUCCCACCGCGACGGCAGCAAUGUGCCGCACCGUAGCUCGAGCGGCGCACUGGGGGCGGGCGGUGGCGGUGUCCAUUCCACCGCCACAAGCAGCAGCGGCGGUAACAGCGGCUUCGACAGUGUGCGCUACAACAACUUUAUGAACUUCGCGAACAACGCUAACGGGGGCUGCUUUGGCAGCCUCUCCGCCGCCGCGUCUGCCUCGGCGGCAGCAGCGGCGCCCACGGCGGUGAGCCAAGGCAGCCGGCUCGCCAGCUCUGGCCAAAGCAAUAGCCACAGCGGCAGCGCAACGCUCGACUGGUCUGCGUCGCCGCCCUCGUCGGGUCAGUGCCCUAGUCAGCAGAAGCACGCCGUCUCUGGCCCUGCGCCGUUCUCAUACUACUACCAGGGCACCGACGUCGCUCGCCCGUCGGCACAAGUGCGACACCACACCGCAGCCUCCGCUUCCGCUCACUUCGACAUCACGAACCGCGUAGCAGCGUCCGUGGCGGCGGUGUCGACCUCGGCGGAUGCUGGUGCGGAGUCGCACCAGCACGCUGCAUCAACACAGCAACAGCAACUGCCGCCUGUGGCUGGCACGACCGUGCAGCUCACGUCACCGUCGUCGUCCACCACCCGUGGAAGCGGCAUCAACGUCAACGCCCAGCCGUACUACUACGUUAGCAGCCGUAUGCGCAAGCAGCAGCAGCAGCAAGCGGCAGCAGCGUCGCCGGCUUCCGUAGACCCAUCAGUUACCCGCCCGGGUAGCGACUUGGCAGUCGCUGGUACGACGUCGACGAGGACGCCAGCGACUGCGGUAGGCACUGAUGACACUGUGGCUGCCGUGCAGCGUGCGCCGUUGUCCACCCUCGAAGGCGGCAGCGAUGCGCGCUCACCAGGCUCGUCGUUCACGAGCCCGGCGUGUGUCAACUCGCUGGCGCGCUUCAGCACGUACGCAAGGACGACGACGGACAGUGUGGCAGGUCAUGCGUCGCAGCCGAGCGGCUUCCGCAGCGGCAUCGAGACUGUCGUGUCGGCGAUGAAGAUGUCUGGCAUUUACGGCGGCAGCGGCGGCGGCGGCAACAACGGUAACAGUACGAGCAGGAGUAGCGCGCACCCCCACACCUUCCCAUCGCGGCCCAUCGCCAGGUCAGGUGCGGACGGCGGCAGCGGCGGCGAGCAGGCGACUUUGGCGCGCGUGCCACGGCGGUCUCCGCACGCGGAUCACCAGGCGCCGGUGCACCGCCGCUCCACCUUCGCGUCGCAGCACUCACUCGGCAAGAAGCGCUCAAAGCCUGACAGCUACAAGGACUACUGA